CCUAAGUGACGAGGGAAGAAUGUGAACGAUAAUGUUCAUAUUAAGUACUCUGAAUUUAUGGACGUGAUCAGAAUAACUGAAUCUUUCCAUGACGUCCGACCAAAGCCUACUGUGUGUUUAUCGCCCUUCAUCUUCACUUGAUCCGGUAGUGCGUAUAUAAAUACGAAUCUCACCCGAGAAUAAGAAUUCAGUUCAUUUAUGCAUCCUAAAGUCAACACAUCACUUUUCUUCUUCUUCAGACUUGUCUUUYUUCGAAAUUCGGUAUUUUAGAUAUUUAAUUUGGAGUCUUUACCGAGUCUAAUAUACGUCCGAUUGAUUCUUUUUCUUCCUGUUGAGGAAAUCGAAGUUGUCACAGCAGAGCUGAUUAUCUCAAAGAAACAGCGAGCAAAACACGAGGAUUUAUGCAGAGGCACUUUGGAAACUGUCAUUCACUAAUGUGUCUACUUCUAGAAAUCUAACCUUCGAUAUCGCGUCACAAUCUUUAAGGUAAUAUAAUACAGGUGAAUUUGACUCAGCCUGACAUCGUAUCGUCGUGUCAACAGCAAUAUUACUUUCCUCCGUUGAAGUCAAUGUCGAGUUCUUCCUUCAAAGUACCGAACAUUUCUUCUAAUCCUCACAAUGUAAAAUAGCCGAAUGCUACGGGUGACGGACAAUUAGAAAACAUGGAUCAUGCAAAUGGGACGGUUUUGGCGGGUCCAGAACCCACGAUUAUAGUUCUAUCGAUCGUAAAUAUGGUUUUCAGUGCCGCUGGAACUAUUGGGAAUUUAGUGGUUUGUGUGAUCAUACUUUCCAACAGAGAUCUUCAGAUUGUUACAAACUAUUUCAUUUUCAGCCUUGCGGUGGCCGACCUGCUUGUCUGUACCAUCGCUCAACCUAUGUACGUUGCCUAUAUCUUGGGCUUUCAGGAUGGAGCGUUUCAAUCAAUACGUCGUACAUUUACUUUCGUCUCUGUGCUGGCUUCAGUAAGCAAUCUCUGGGCAGUCACAAUCGAUCGGUUUUUGGCUAUAUCUUCGCCACUUAAAUACCCUCAGCGGCUUAAUGUCAAGCGUACAAACAUACUACUCUUCAUUAUUUGGAAAUUAGCUAUUGUACUUGGCGUGACUGCAGCGUUUAUACGCGUUGCCCGUAUUUUUGUUCAGAUCUUUACAAUUAUCAUGAUUGCUUGUAUAAUCCCCCUUUAUAUUCGUAUAUUUAUUGUUGCCCGAAGACAUGCAAGACUUAUUAUCCACCAGUUAGCUUACUUCAACAGUAUGCAAUAUGCUGCCGUUCAAAUCAGAAAAGAACGAGAAAACAUUGCGGCGAAGACUGUUGGAACAGUUUUGUUGCUAUUUGCCCUUUGCUGGAUGCCUCUUCAAAUCAUACCCUUUUUCUAUAGACUUUAUCCAGAAAAACUUAUGGGUGCAUUCGUAUGGGUUAAUACCCUUGCGCUCUGCUCCUCGUCUUUUAAUCCAGUGGUAUAUAGCUGGAAAAUGGAAAGCUUUCGCAGGAAAGUUAAGAGAGUGUUGCGGUUAAGUUUAGUUAAUGGAAAAAUGAGUCGACCUCCAAGCAACUCUACUAAGAUUGGAGAUGAAGAAACAAACGUAUAAUCUGUAUAUCCGGCUUGGUCAUUAGGAUGGUAACCCCGGUUUCUAAAGAUGGAAAAACCCAAAUCCUUGGAAGACUUUUUUCUUGUAAAAAGUACUUUGGAAGAUGGUAAAUAAAAAGGCUAGGUACUUCAAUUCGGAUAAGUACUCGAAAGAUCAAGAAGUCCGCUGAAUAUUCGUGUGCUACCGCACUCACCGCUACUCAAGCCGCUUACAGGAAUAAAAGCAAAUCAGAUCGUAGUCCAUGACCGCUUUCGAUCUGUUGUUAGCCAAAUGUGAUGUUUUUCAUUUCCAGUCCUGCAGUUAUGUCGAGACAUGAAUAACAAACAUGCUCGUUGACAUCGUGUAACUGUCUUAUUCCAGACAUAUGAAAGGAGAAUAUUUGCCUGUUAUAGUACGCCGGCUCGUCGGUCCUCAAAGAUCCUUUAGUACUGACAAAAACCUUGGGCUAUUGCCACUUAAAUAGUACAUCAUAGUAAAUUCAGUCACUUUGGUUCUCGAACGAUCACGUAAGGUCUGGAUUGAGUUUUACUCCUUUCAGAUACGAAAAUCUUUUGACUCAGUAUAUCAUAUGUGCUAUUAUAAAAAAAAUACAGUAUGUUACAGCACGCUACAUGUUUAUUGUUGUUGCAACAAGUAGUCAUGUUACCGAGACGUGAUGUUGCCAAGGACAUUACUGCAACUUUGUCCUUGGCAUUGUAAGCCAGUAAUCCUCAUCAUCUUUUAAUCGCGCAACUUUGCGCGCAACAUUUAUGACAAUAUAAGAACAUGUAUAAAACGAGCGUUUUUAUAGUCGUUACGACUAGGAAACAAACCCUUUAACAAAUCUAGUAAAUCAUGCAGCACUACACCAUUAAGAAAAUUUCGAAAUUGCUGACAAUGUCAAGCAAUGUACUUUCGUCAAUCACUCCUUCAACCAAAUCUGAUCUGUAUAUCUAUAUUUAUCAUUUUCAUCUAUCAAAGUAAGUUUCACUUCCUAAAAAUCUUCACAAUCAUAGUUCACGAAUUGGACUCAGAGCCGUCAAGACCUGAUUGAGGUAUGAGCAUAGUCUUCAAACUCCAUCAUGGAUAUUCAUCGUAGAAAAGAUUAAUCCGACUUGGCCUAAUGUUUAACAAAAUUAACCAGAAGAAGUUGGUCUGGUAAGGUUUUGCCUUCAAACUUAUUAUAUUUCCUGUUUGUGGAACUUUGACAUAAUGUCUAGUUUAACUCUCCUACUCACGGCUUCUAACAGCUCUGCGACGUACAUGUAACAGUUUUACUAUAAAGCAAGAACCUUCAAUACUAUCAUAUAUUUACGUGUGUUAACUUCUUUUUUUUUUUUCUUUUUUUUUUUUUUUGUAAAUAUUUUGGACUGUAUAUAACUAUGUGAAGUGUAUACUAUUAAAUCAAUGUAUUUUGCAGUGAGUUGUCUUUAGAAUUACUUAACUGCUGAAUACUGCUAUAUGUGCAUACCUGGCUCAGCAUGCAUCUAUUGGUACACUAUAUAAAGAAUCCCGUUUACUUUAGAAGAUAUCUCAAAGAGCAAAGGCUACGAAAACCAUCCUUAUGGACAUAAUCAGUAACAUCAGCGAAUCUAUAUUCUCUUGCAGUGGUUUGCAUGAUAUCUAGCGAAUACAACACCUUUUGAAGGAUAAUCCAAUUAACUAGUUAGCGAAAUUCAGAUAAUGUCUGGACCAAUAAAAAGUUCAAAACCCC